AUGUGUACCAACAUAGUCUACGAGUGGCUGAAGACCCUGCAGCUCCCCCAGUACGCGGAGUCCUUCGUCGAUAAUGGCUACGACGACCUGGAGGUCUGCAAGCAGAUCGGAGACCCGGACCUGGAUGCCAUCGGCGUUGCCGUGCCCCACCACCGACGCCGGAUCCACGAAGCCGUGCGGCGGCUGAAAGAGGCGGACGAGACGGCGGCGGGGCUGUACUUCACCCUGGAGCCACAGCCACCGCCUCCCCCGCCUCCGCGGCCGGCAGCCCCUGCCACCGGGCGCUGCCCCCGCCGGCUGACCGGGCAGGAGGAGACCCGACGGGGGGUGGCCCCCCGGAAUCGCCCCGGCGGGAGGCGGGGGGCAGCCAGUGGUGGGGGGCUGGUCGCCUACCCCAAGCUGAAGCUGAAGAUCAUGAUCCGGGACAAGCUCAUCCGCGACGGCAUCAACCUAAGCAAACCCCCCUACUCCAACAAGGUAAGAAGGGCCUUGGCACCUGGUGCUCCAGGAGGGGCGGUGGUGGUAGAUGGACAAGUGCUCCAACAGGCAGCAGUUGAGUAG